AUGCAAAGAGGAACGGAGAAGAAGACGUCCAGCGACGUGGAUGUCGAGUCGGUCUUCAUGGCGUUGUCGCCGAGUGCCAGCGAAAAGGAGAUGGUGCACGGCGCAAGCGCUGCUUCGGGUCUUCACUGCUUCAAGGACGCUCUGCGCAUUGAACUUCCCAACAUUUGCAGCGAGCAAUGCGCGACACCUUCGAGCCCAGCAAACGGCACUGGAAGCGGCUCUCCUGAAACGGCGAUAUACCACCCCUCUGAGAUAGCCUUUAGCCGCGAAAUAGAGGAGUGCACACCACUCUCGAUCGAGGAAGACAACGCGCGUCAGUCCGCAGUGGCGCUACUGCAGGCCGGCAUCUUGCAAAAACCCGCCGGCGGCUCAAGCGGGCGAGGGACCAGUAGAAGACUGCCAUCGUUCAUUCCAACCUUCAGCAACCUCGAGCCCGUCGAUGCGAUGCGCAAGUCGCCCGUAAGUCUCUUCACGAACAUCAGGCGCAAGAAUAUAUGCAGAAUGUCCAUUUCGGCUGGCACCUUGCAGCGUGAGAUGUCGAUUGAGGCUGACCGCACCAGUGGCGGGGAGCCGGACGGCGUGAUUCCGUGCUCGGGGGCGGUCAACCGCAGCAGCAGAAGCUUCGAGCUGCACCCCACCCUGACAGCUGUGAUUGGGCGUGGUGCCUCUAGCGCUCCGUCCUCGCCGGAGCGGCAGCAGCGGUGCGGUUCUACCUUCACCUCCCCGGCCCCCUCACAACCCAUCUCAUCUAUCUCGCUCGCUGAUAAGGAGUCGGAGGAAAGCGGCGACAGCUCUGAACAAGGCAUCGAGAUGGACCGCGUGCUCCGUGACGCCUCCAAGAUUCGUGGUCUGCGACUGACAUGGCUUCUGUACAUGUUGAUCAUGAUGGUCAUCAUCCUCUUCGGGCUGGUGCUAGUGCAGAUCACCUACGAAACAAGCCGCAUGCUAACGCGAUCUGCCACGGAGGCAGUACAGGCCGAGGCGGCAUCCUUGCUCAACAGCGUGGGCAUGCAGCAGUACGCUCUGGAUAAGCUCUUCGAGGUGAUGUACGAAACGAAAAUCACGGGCUUCUUCUCUGAAACUGUCACCCACGACACCGUGCGGGAUAUCAUCUGUUCCAGCCUCUACCGCGCUCCCAUCGCGUUCGCCAUGUACGACGAAACUGGCAAGCUGCAGUGGAAGACAGUGUGCAAGCAGUACAGCCUCAUUGGCACGCCGGCCGAGCUCCCCCAAACGGUAGAGCCGAGCAUCGCUUUUAUGCGCAUAGUCGACUACGGCGAGUUGGUGCUCGCCUACCGCACCUUCUACAGCGACGAAGGCGCUGAGACCUAUGUAAUGAUGACAGAGAAGGAAACGCUGGGCCGCACCCUCGUGAACAACGACAUGGCCAACUACAGCACCGCCACGCUGCAGUCCCUCACGGCCGCUUUCUUUCUGCCGAAAUGGAACACGACGCAACUAACGAUGCUCUUUCAUACCUUAACGAAAGAGGCGCGUUCCUACGCAAGCACACCCACGUCGCCGAGCGCGGCAGCGCUGACGGCCACCUUCGAAUCACUCUGCCACCCGGACUCACCGUAUGUUUGGCACACCGUGCUGGUGCCUCGGAAAACGUCGGAGCGUGUGAAGUCGCUCAUCAGCGUUGCCGACUGGUUAGAGACCACGACACACCCUAUCCCGACCCCCCAUUUCGAGUACAAGCAGGCGUGGGGCCAGCUGUCGAAGGCGAAUCUCUGCUGCGUGAAGUGCAUGAGCAUUGGAGGCGAAAAGUGCGCCUUCGACAACCCGACAAACGUUUGGUUCCUCGUCGACUACACGAUGGCCCAUCUCGAGUCUAUUCAGACCACUGUGGCAAUCGUGGGAGCGCUGAGCGUCAUGGCGGUGGUGAUCUUUAGUGUUAUCAUGUUCCUCGUGUACAUCAGCAUCACCGUACCGGUGAACUACCUCCGUUACCAGCUCAUGCGAGCCGUCGGGUCGAACGAGAAGGUGACGCCGUGGCAGCGAAAGAUUGUGCGCUGGACGUACCGCCUGUGGCUCGGCGACCUCACGUCGAUUGCGCGGUCGAUUUACAUUCUGAGCCUGUGCUUUCGCCUUAACAAGAAGUACGUGCCGGACCAUGUCUUGCGCAACCACGCGAAGCAGCUCUACAUGCGACGCCGCAAGUUCAACUUUCUGGAAGAGGCGGACUUAAAGGAAGACACAAUGCUGGAGCAAGACACGGACUCCGACAACGAGGCGGAGUCGCCGCUUAUUGGUGGGAAGACCGACCUGCCACCCUCCGACAAGCGCUUUCUCUGGCACCUGUCCGUGACGCGCGACAAGGAUCAAGCGGAUCACACAGCGUCCGAAAGCGGGGUGGAGGCGAGGAUCUCUGACGGCGCGACUUUCGCAGAGGCCUCGCCCCUUUACGCGUCGCGACGGCAGCUGCCCACCACCUCGUACGAGGUGGUGGUGCCCUGCGGAAGAGCGGCACCAGCGCCGCGCGGGGCUGGAUUGCCGCGUGACGCCCCCUUCAACGUGAAGGCUUACGGCGAGCUGGACGACACGGUGGCGAUGCAGGAGGCGUCCACGAUGGCCGCCGCCUUCAUGACCAUUCAGAGCAGCAACGACAUCAUGAGCAUUCGCCGCGAGUAUGAGACCACCGUCUUGUGCAUCCACAUCCCGAGUGUCGAGCUAGCCUACCUGAUCAACUACUCCGGUGCAGCUCACCAACACCGCCGCCUCAUGCGAGUCCUGCUGCACCGCAUUCGGCGGCACAAGGGAGCGUUGUUUCACUGCUCCGGUGACUGCCUGGGCGCCGUAUGGAACGCAUUCGAAGGCUGUCCAAACCAUGCCGAGUGCGCAGCAGUGUGCGCGCAGGAGAUUGCUAACGCCGUUGCACCAUACCGGAGCGACGGUCUGCAUGUCGGCAUGGUGUUGCACCAGGGCACACUCGUGUGUGGCACGGUCGAGUACUCGAAGACGGCCUUCGUGACAGCUUUCGGCGACGGUCCGCGUGAGGCGCUAGCUGUGGCGGAGCUCGCUGCCGCCGUCAAAACCCUCAACGUUCUCGUCACUGAGCCGGUCAAGCAGGCGCUCUCGGGCUUGUACGACUGCAACAUCGUCGACGUCAUCAAGCUCCCCAAUUCGGCCCACCCGCUGCUGCUCUUCGAGCUGAGUGGCAGCCGCACCCCAGAGAGAUCACUGAACGAUACGCACCUGCAGAUGCCCACACAGGCGGAGUUUUCUAUAGACUACGCGCGCGCCUUUGCCCAGUUCCGCAACCACGAGUUCAGCAAAGCGCUGCAGGGCAUUCAGAAGCUCCGCACACACACCAGCAGUCGCAACGUGCAUCUGCUGCGCCGGCUGGAGCGCUUGUGUCUCUUCUAUUCCGCCCAGCCUGCCGCUCUCCCGCGUCCCUACCACCGCGCCUUCCCGGUGUGGGUCAACUACGAGGCCAUCGCGCAGGCAGGGCUGCACAACGACCCACAUUUGACGACUUCGCAGACUGAAAGCUUGACGACCCACAACAUAAACAGAGGUUUUGUGUACCAGGAGGUGCCGGUGCUGCGCAACGACAUGGACUGCAUCCGCGACUUCAAGCAGGAGCUGCAGGCAAACAUGCGCCGAUUAGUUUCGCCGCAACGGACGACGCGCCACCGCCUCUCGCCCACCUUAGACAACUCUUCGACAUCCACGCACGACAACCUACACGCCUCCCUGCCAAUACGGUCCACGCCAUUGCCGAUGCCUGUGAGUGCCGGGAUACUGUUGGAGAUCAGUGGAGACCUCUCCGAGUCACUCUCGGCAGCCACGUCUGCGAAGCCUCGCUACGUCGACACUCAAGCAAAUGUUGCAGAGAUGAGCCUCCCGCCUCUACGGCCGACACCGGUGGUAACGAUAGCGCCACCUUGCUCCAUCGCAGGGCCACCGUUGGUGGCCGCAUCGACAUCGGCACCGGUGGUAUGCGAGGAAGCGAAGGGCCGCAAUGACCCGGAGCGGGCGAGCCCUGAGGUGUUGUCUCCACAAGGCAUGCCCUUUCCGUCGAGGCACUCGGCCGUGGCGCACAGCGUCACGAGUCUUCCGCCCGUGGCGUUGGCGGGCACCCCCGACCUCGUCAACGCCUCUGCUGUCCUGCUGCAGAGCGCCGCCACGCACACCGACUCCAUCAGCAGCUUCGCGCAAGCAGACGUCGCGAGCUGCUCUAUAAUUCAAUCCGCUGGCCUCUCCUUUCAGGAGACGGGCGGUAUGCGCGGUCUCUGCGUAAGCAACGAAACACUGCCAGUGACGAUCAAGGCCAAGAACGGGACAACGUACCUGCGAAGUACACGUAUCCUGGGCAAGGGCUCCUUUGGCUGCGUGUACCUUGGAAUGGAUGCCCACUCGGGGCGGCUAGUUGCCAUCAAGUUCCUCCCGCUGCCAAGUGACGAGUCAGGGAUGGAGGUGAUAGAGGCGGAGGUGCUCAUACUACAGCGGGUCAACGACACCCACGUGGUGCAGCUGCUCUCCUACGCGUUUGAUGGAGACACCAUUGUCAUUUUCAUGGAGUGCAUGCUGGCAGGGUCGCUGCAGAACAUGAUCGCCGCCUUCCGCACCAUCCCCAGCACCACCGCUCGUGUCUUCAUGCGCGACGUUCUGCGUGGACUGAGCAAGCUGCACUCCAUGGGCGUCAUUCAUCGCGACAUGAAGCCGCAGAAUGUGCUGCUCAGCUUCGCAGGCAACUGCAAGAUUUCCGACUUUGGCGCUUCCGCGUGGCUCCAGGAGCUGGCGCGCAAAGAGUCGAAGGGAGAGGUGUGCGGCACCCCCGUCUACCUCGCCCCAGAGGCAGCGCGCGGCAGCCCGGAGAAAGAGAGCGACAUUUGGAGCUGCGGCAUCAUGUUCUUGCAGAUGAUCACUGGCCAGCUGCCGUACUCGCCCGAGCAGCUUGGCUUGGGUGCCGCCGCGCUUGUGUACCAGAUCGGUAGCGGCAUCGCGCAGCCGAAUGUACCCGACGAUCUCGACGUGCUGGACGCGGAGUUUGUGCGCGCCUGCCUGGACAACGACCCUAGCAAGCGCACCUCCGCUGCGGGUCUUCUGCAAUUGGCUCUCUUCACCGUAUAA